AUGCCCGCCGUCGAUGAUUCACCCUCCAAGGGCCAGGGCGCCAACAGCCCUGCAGAGUACACAAUCGAGUGGUAUAAGGCGCAAUAUGAAUCGAUUCAGGAGGAGCUACAAGAUUUCCAGCUUUCCAGCACCGAGUUGGAGGCGGAGAUGGAGAAGGAAAUGGAGGAUAAGGAGAAGCGAGAGCGACAGUUGCGGGAGAAGGUGGAUAACCUGCGCUAUGAGGUAGACGAGUGGAAGACCAAAUACAAGCAAUCCAAGACCGAAGCCAAUAACGCACAGAAUACCCUCCAGAAGGAGAUCACUUCUUUGCGCGACACUAAUCGCACGCUACAGUUGAAGCUGCGUGAUAUCGAAGUUGCGAAUGACGACUAUGAGCGCCAAGCCCGCAACACGACUUCGUCCCUGGAGGACCUAGAGUCUAAGUACAACGUCGCGAUCGAGCGAGGAGUUCUGUUGGAAGAGGAAAUCAGAAGUGGAGAACUCGAGCGAGAGAAUCUGCGGAUCGACAAUCAGCGCUUGCGAGACGAGCUCUCGGAUCUGAAGGUUGAGGCCGAGAUUGUUCAAGAGAAGUUGCGCAAUAGCGAGGGUCUGGGCUAUCGUCGUCGCAAGCCCACGCCCUUGUACCGCAGCCCUUCCACCCCGCAACCGCUGGGAAUCUUCGAUCGUUCGCCUGGUGCCUCAACUGCAACUCCGCCCUCCCCGCCCAUUUCGGAAGCCUCCGCCAACUUUCGCAGGUCUUUCAAUGCUACCCCUACGUUUCCUCGCACAAGAGCGACUGGUGCGGAACCAGUCAAUUCUCGCACCAUCCAUAACGCCCGAACCCAGCCGACUCGGCCAGCCCCGCACUCCCGCGCUUCCUCUCUUGCAUUUAGCACAAGUAGCUACAGCAACACUGCUCGUCCCACCCCGUCCGUACCGUAUGCUUCCCGAAACAGUCUGUCUCGGUCGACAACAUCACGUCCUCCUGCACUGCCCAAAUCUGGCUCCCUCUACCAGAUUCGCGGACUCAUCGGAAAGAUGCAGAAGUUGGAGGAACGUGUCCAGUCGGCCCGAUCUCGUCUGCCUGCACCCUCAGAAACCUCUUCCCGAGGAUCGCCUCGCUCUCGCCAAGGCUCGGUCAUGGGGGAGAGCCCAGUUCCGUCCUCCGUUCAUGGUCAGAGGAACAACCGCAAUCGCAUGAGCGGCAGUAGCUAUGGCUCGUCUGUGCGAGACAGCGAAGGCAAUCCGUCCCAUCCCUCACAGGGCCGCCAGUCAGGUGGGACUCGCACUGGCGAUAGCCGACCAAGUAGUCGAACGAGUUACUCGAGCCGUGGCUCUUUCAGUCAAAGCGUGCACUCUGGUGUUCCUCCGCUUGGACGUCCUGAGAGUCGGCAAAGCCGUCCUGGUGCCAAGACACCGCUUGGCCACUACUCCACAAAUCCGCUCACGGAGGCUCGCCGGCCACGAUCCUCCCUGAGCAACCAUAAUGGACAGACUCCAUCCGUGGGCAGUAUGUCCAACAUUGAUGAAGACCAUGACCUCCCGACGCCGAUUGUGUCUCGCCUUCCUAAUGACGUGAGGCGACCUUCGAUCUCGGCCAACGUGAGCGGGAUCAAGAAGCGUACGACAAGCGGCAUGUCCGCCAUUCCGACACCUCGCAGUUUCAAGACCAGCAUUGGUCCCGGAACAAUGCCUCCGCCCCUGACACGAAAACAGACUGAUCUGGGGGAGACGUUCUGA